AUGGCAGAUUACGGAUAUGAAGAUGCGGCUCCAGAUGUCGCAGCAACGAAUAUGAAGGAAUUGGGAUACGAAGAUGCCGCCCCGGAUGUGGCGUCGAAUAACAUGAAUGAUUUGGGAUAUGAAGCUGCCUCUCCAGAUGUAGCAGCCACGAAACAAGUUAGUGCCGGUUUCGAUUUGAGUCUAGAUGAUGCCAAACCAAAGAAAACCAAAAAGCCAAAGCAAAAGAAGGGUCUCUUUCAUAGUUUCCAAAUGGCGAUGGGAGACUCUCACAGAGAACGGCAAGAAAGGGGAAGAACAGGAAGGACACCAAGAAGGAGCUCCCUGAAACAAGAAGGAAAACCACGACGGUCAUCGAUUGGAUAUAAGGGUGAAAUCGACGUUAUGCUUCCAGGCAAAAGUCGGCCUACCAGAAGACGCAGAUCGAUUUCUUUCGACCAAGACAAUAUUUUUGAUAUUGAGCCAGUGACCGACAUGAAUCCUGACAAAAAGGAAAUGUGGUUUCAGGACGAAGAGUAUGAUGUCAUGCAACAAAAGGCGGAGAUGACAAGUCAGUUUGUCAUGAUGGGAGGAGAAGCGAUGGCGAAGAAGAAGAAUAUUGAAACCAGAGGUUUGGAGAAAUUGUAUGAUUACGAAAACGUAGCGGAAAACCAACAGAUGGCAUACAGAUCAGUAUUUUUGGAACAAGGAUUUCAACGAGAGGAGGGUGAAUACAAUGAUGAAGUUGUCUCGUGUUUAUACAGGGUUGCGUCUAUGAAAAGUCAGGCCAAUGCCCUUGCGCGAGCAAAUGCUGAUGAGGCUGACAUUGAAGAAUAUACGAGAGAGACCCGGCGAAGAAUCCGUCGCUCGUCAAUGUAG